AUGGAGAACGCUCAGCGCCACCCUACUCUUUAUUAUCCUGACGGGAAUCUCGUUGUAGCCUGCCCAAGCGACGAUGGGCCCGCUACCCUCUUCCGCAUUCACCAGGCUUUCCUCUCCUCGCAUUCUUCCGUCAUAGAAGACAUGCUCGGCCUCCCACAAGCUGACGCCGCCAACGAAAUGCACGACGGAGCACCGGUCGUACGGUUCAACGAAGACCCCAAAGACAUGGAAAUCUUCCUGUCUUUUUUCUACCAGCCGUUAUCUGUCAGCAGUAACAAAUACCUAGCAGACACGGAGCCUGACGUCGCCUUCAAGCUCUUCGGCGUAUUCAGACUCGCGGACAUGCUCAUGAUAGAACCACUGAAGGAGAAGAUCAUCGCCCGCGUCAAGCAGGACUGGCCUACUCAAUUACGCCAAUGGGACGACAAAAGACACCAUUACACCAUACUCAACAAUAACCAAAAUCUCACUUCCCGAUUCCCGGAGCCUGGUUCUGCCAUCCGCCUCGCUCGCGUCUUCGGCUUAGGCAUGCUCUCGCCUCUUAUGCUUUAUGAGCUCUCCUGCCGCGACCCCCUAGCCAGCUACGAAGAACGGGCAACUCCUUCCAUCGGGAUCGGAGCACGAUGGGAACUUGUCUCCCAGGAGGAUCGGAUUAACGCCGAACGAGGGCGCUUAAAUGGUUGA